UUCGCUUGCUGCAUUUCGGUGUACACACGACACAGGGCGGGAGCAAAAGAGAGAGAAAAGAACAUGGAAGAAGACCCAAUUCCUUCUUCAGAACCACUCGGCCUUAACACCAUUCAGAGACAAGUGAGAGAGCUGGAAGAGAUUAUCGAAAGUUGUCGCCAAGACGAUGCCUCAGAAUUAUCCCCUUCAGAUUCUGAUGAUUUAAUCAGAAACUGCGGUCUCCUCCUCCAGAGCAGAGUUGAACAGAUAAUAUCAGAAUGCUCUGAUGUUGGUCUUUUAGAGGAUCAAGAAUUUGAAGCAUACUUAGGACGUUUUGAGCAGGAGCUCAACUCUGUGGAGGCUGAGAGCACCAAGGUCUCAAAUGAAAUUGAGGGUCUCAUUCGAACCCAUGGGGAAGAUUUUAAUCGACUUGGCACUGAUCUUGCACAGUUGAAAUGUUCAUUAUAUUUUGUUGAAGAAAAGGAUCUGGAGAAAGCAAAACUGGGUGCAGAUGUUGAUUACCAUAAAUGUGGGAAAGAUCUGUUGGAUCCGAUGAAUGUGAAUGCAGACAAGUUUGAGCUACUGGAACUUGAAAAUCAGAUUGAGAAGAACAAUAUAAUUUUGAAGUCUUUACAGGAUUUAGAAUGUACACUUAAAUGGCUUGACAACACAGAACAGAUUGAGGAUGCAGUUACAGGUCUUAAGGUCAUUGCUUUUGAGGGAAACUGCAUUAGGUUGUCACUUAGGACAUACAUUCCGAAGUUGGAUGACCUUUUCUCCCCAAAAAAAGUUGGAGAUGCCACUGAGCCAUCUGAAGUAAAUCAUGAGCUGCUAAUUGAAAUUCUGGAGGGGACUACGGGUUUAAGGAAUGUUGAGAUUUUUCCAAAUGAUGUAUACAUAAAUGAUAUUCUUGAUGCUGCAAAGGCUUUGAGGAAAUCUUCAUUGCAGUGGUUUGUAACAAAAGUGCAAGACAGAAUAGUUCUAUGCACCAUGAGGCGAGUAGUGGUAAAAAAUGCAAACAAAUCGAGACACUCAUUGGAGUACUUGGAUAAAGAUGAGACAGUAGUGGCUCAUGUAGUUGGAGGAGUUGAUGCAUUCAUCAAGGUCCCUCAAGGUUGGCCAUUGUUAAGUUCUCCAUUGAAACUGAUAUACCUCAAGAGCUCUGAUCAACAUUCAAAGGGAAUUUCUUUAAGUUUUCUGUGCAAGGUUCAGGAAUUGGCAAAUUCGUUGGCUGUACGAAUUCGGCAGACUCUAUCGAGCUUUGUGGAUGCUAUUGAAAAAAUACUUGUAGAGCAGAUGCGCUCAGAACUCCAUGGUGAUGCUUCUGAACAAUGACUUGUAUAACACUUGUGAUACUAAUCACACAUGUAAAAUAGCUUCCAGAUUCCAGUGUUGUCCCGUACGUUUACAAAUUAACAGACUGAAAUUAUUCGGAGUAUUGUAACGAUAUUGUUGAAAUGAGAAAAGGAAGGGGUUUUUAAGUAAGUCCCCAGAGCAA